UUCCUGCUUUCAGGCAGAGCAGGUCUGCCAUGAGGUCCGAUUUCUAGGAAGGCAUCAGAUGAUUUACCCUUUUGAUUCUAUGCCAGGUGUACCUGCAUCACAAAAGAUGUCUUCAGGAGGAUAUCUCAUGAGCAGCGGUUGCUCCUCACCCUGUGAUGUGACCUGCCCAGAGCCAUGUGCCAACGCCUGGAGCAGCCAGCCCUGCGUCGCCUCCUGUGGGGACUCCCGUGCCGUGGUCUAUGCACCACCCGUGGUCAUCACCUUCCCAGGCCCCAUCCUCAGCUCCUGCCCUCAGGAGAGCAUCGUGGGCAGCUCCUUCCCAUCUUCCAUUGGGGGCUUUUCAGGGGGAAUGGGCCCUAUUGAAUCAGGGGGCUCAUAUGGUGCUGGGGGUUCAUAUGGAGGAAGCAGUUCGUUAGGUGGUUCAUAUGGAAUGGGGGGCUCGUAUGGAGGGGGUAGUUCAUUUGGCUCUGGGGGCUCCUAUGGAGGAAGCAGGUCAUUUGGCAGAGGCGGAAGAUCCUUUGGCUCCAGCUCCUAUGGUGGGGGCUUUGGGGGCUCCUGCGGAGGUGGCAGCUCCUAUGGUGGGGGCUCCUUUGGAGGUGGCCGUUCCUUUGGUGGGGGCAGCUGUCAGAGCGGUGGGAGCUACAGGAGGUUUGGUGGGGGAAGCUGUGGCUCCGGUUACUUCUGAAGGGGCAGCGUGUCCCAUUGCAGCAGCCCUGGGCUGUGCAAACCUCACAAGAGACCCUGCAACCCGGUGAUGUCCAAGCGAUCGACUGUGCUGGCACGUGUGGAGCUGCUUCCAAAAGCCCUGCGUGACUGUCUUCACCAAAUGUGCCCUUUGCUUCCCUGUCAU